AUGAUUGGUUCACUUGAUACAUGGCCUGCCUGGCCUGAAUUUUCAUUGAACAACAACGCCGAAAGGUCGGAUGACCUGAUACAAUUCAAAAAGGCCAUAAUCAAAGAAUAUGGCCAGGAAAAUUUGACCAGAAGCUGGGUGAAGGUCUGCUCAAACCUAGAACAAAUCACAGCCAAAAUUCGGGAUGCCGGAAGCACAAUAAUCCCGGAGAUUGCGUUCGAUCAAUUACAAUACCUGAGCGAGGAGCAAAAGGAGGAAUCUAAAAAGAUAGGAUGUUUUAUCAUUCGGGGUGUUGUUCAGAGGGAUUUGGCAGAGAAAUGGCUUAAGGAUCUGAAGGAUUAUGUUUCUGAGAAUCGGAAAAUGGUGACUGGAUGGCCGGAACAAACUCCUUCAAUCUUGCGCAUGUAUUACAGCCCCAGCCAAAUGGCUGCAAGAUCACAUCCCAACUCGCUGAAAGUCGCUCGCGAGCUCAUCAGCUGGUGGCACGACAAGGAAUCCCCGCAGUCACCAGACCCUCUUACGUACGCAGAUGCAGUCCGGAUCCGACCUCCAGGACAGCCCUUUUUUGGUCUCGGGCCCCAUAUUGACGCCGGUUCACUGAGUCGAUGGGCCGAUCCAACAUAUCGAUCAUGCUAUGCACCUGUAUGGCAGGGAAAUCCCGAAGAUCUAGAUCUUUAUGAGCUUUCGAUUCGUAAAAGGGCAAAUCCAAGGUUGUUCCCGGGAAGUGCUCACUGUAGUGUCUUUCGUGCUUUUCAGGGAUGGACUUCACUCACUACCACGGGCCCGGGGGAAGGGUCUUUGUUGUUGUAUCCUCACGUCAAAUGGGUUAUGGCAUAUGUUCUUCUGCGUCCAUUUUUUAAAGCUCCCAAUACAGAAGAAGAUGUAUUGGAUGCUAGUAAAUGGACAUUUGAUCCCGAUACACCGUGGUUCCCGGGUACCUUCCGCCCCGAGUCUCAGCGACUCUCGAUAUCUUCACAUCCUCAUUUGCAUCUACGGGAUUGUUUAGUCCAUAUCCCACCCAUGGAGCCGGGGGACACAGUUUGGUGGCAUGCGGAUAUGUGCCAUGCCGUAGAUACCGAGCACAAGGGUACAGGGGACUCAGCCGUGCUAUACAUUGCCGCGACACCUUCCACGGAAGAUAACAUUCGGUAUAUUGAUUCACAGCUCGAGGCGUUCCGGGAUGGAUACUUUCCACCUGAUUUUCGGGCUGACGGGAGAGUGCACAGUUUGGAGCAAAAGUACAAGGGAUGGCUAGGGGAGGCUGGUAUAAUUUCACCCGAGGGGAGGAGUGCAAUGAGACUUGAUGUUGAAGCUUGA